UACGUCCACGUAUGAUUUAACAUUUUUGAUUUCCUCCUGUGACAGUUGCUUAUAAAACUGAUAACUGCUUCAAGCGAAAACAAACAAACAAACAAACAAACAAGCAAACAAAAAACAAAACAGAAGGCGACUUCUAAACCAAUUUAUCCUGUAUCCGCCGAGAGCGGAUGUUUCAAGUGAGCUGAACAAAGCGAUGCAUGAAGGCCAGUCGCUCGGCCAGAUGUUUUGGCAGGCAUUCCGACCAAAGGAAGAUGGAUGGCUUCACACUUCAGUUGGUCGUUAAACUUCCCUAAAUUAUUCAAGGGUAUUCUCUGACGCUAUAUACUGGCAACCAGUGCUGCAUGUCGGAGUAUUGCAGCAAUUUCUCAGCGAUAUUGAAGUUGUACAUUUGAUUCAGUUGUGUCUUGUUUACUGUAUACUUUAUCUUGCUAAACUGGCUAGCUAGCGCUAGCAGUUUCCUGUGCCAGUGAAACUGAAUGGGAUUAUUAUUUAGCUAUAUGCAUGUGGCAUUUUGGUGAAUCUGCGCGAGACACUCUCCUGUUGCUAGGCAGCUUGGCCAUGAGCGCGGCGUGAGCACGGGGCACGUGCGGUACGAUGGCAGCGGAGCUGUAUCCUGCCACGAGAGUGCCGUGCUCGCCUGACUGCGGUACCAGCAGCGCCGCCGUGCAGCAGUGCCAGCAGGACAACAUCAGCAACAACAACAACCCCAGCGUCCAGGGCUGCAACUGGCAAGGCCUCUACCCCACCAUUAGAGAGAGAAACGCGGUCAUGUUUAACAAUGAACUCAUGGCGGACGUGCACUUUGUGGUCGGCCCUCCGGGAGCAACACAGAGAGUUCCGGGGCAUAAGUACGUUCUGGCUGUAGGCAGCUCCGUGUUCCACGCCAUGUUCUACGGGGAGCUGGCUGAGGACAAGGACGAGAUUCGCAUCCCCGACGUGGAGCCACCCUCCUUCCUGGCCCUGCUCAAGUACAUCUACUGCGACGAGAUCGACCUAUGCGCAGACACCGUGCUGGCGACACUCUACGCCGCCAAGAAGUACAUCGUCCCGCACCUGGCGCGCGCCUGCGUUACUUUCCUAGAGACGAGUCUGAGCGCGCGCAACGCCUGCGUGCUGCUGUCGCAGAGCUGCCUGUUCGAGGAGCCCGACCUGACGCAGCGCUGCUGGGAGGUGAUCGACGCGCAGGCCGAGCUGGCGCUGCGCUCCGAGGGCUUCUGCGACAUCGACGCGCUCACGCUGGAGAGCAUCCUGCGCCGCGAGACACUCAACGCCAAGGAGGCGGUGGUGUUCGAGGCGGCGCUGGCCUGGGCCGAGGCCGAGUGCCACCGCCGUGAGCUGCCGCCCACCGUGGAGAACAAGCGCCUGGUGCUGGGCAAGUCCAUCUACCUGAUCCGCGUGCCCGCCAUGACGUUGGACGACUUCGCCAACGGCGUAGCACAGUCGGGCGUGCUGACGCUGGCCGAGACCAACGACAUCUUCUUGUGGCACACGGCGGCGCGCAAGCCCGAGCUGCCCUUCAUGUCGCGCCCGCGCAAGGGCCUGGCACCCCAGCGCUGCCAUCGCUUCCAGUCGUGCGCCUACCGCAGCAACCAGUGGCGUUACCGCGGCCGCUGCGACAGCAUCCAGUUCGCCGUGGACAAGCGCGUCUUCGUGGCCGGCUUCGGCCUGUACGGCUCCAGCUGCGGCUCGGCCGAGUACCAGGCCAAAAUCGAGUUGAAGAGGCAGGGCGCCACGCUAGGCCUCGCAGUCAUCAAGUACUUCUCGGACGGCUCCAGCAGCACGUUCCCCGUGUUCUUCGACUACCCCGUGCAGGUGGAGCCCGACACUUUCUACACGGCCAGCGUGGUGCUGGACGGGAACGAGCUCAGCUACUUCGGCCAGGAGGGCAUGACGGAGGUGCAGUGCGGCAAGGUCACCUUCCAGUUCCAGUGCUCCUCAGACAGCACCAACGGCACGGGCGUGCAGGGGGGGCAGAUACCCGAGCUCAUAUUUUACGCCUGACAGCGAGGCAAACCACUCUGCUUUCUGGCAGGGGUAGGACGGCCAAGCGACAAGCUCGUAGAGGACAAUAAAACUGUGCGGACAAAUGUCAGCGAUAGUGCUAUCUCACAACCAGUGGCAAUGUUCUGAGGGCAGGCAGGUGCUUCUUGUAGUACUUUAUUUGAAUAGAUUUACUCCUACACUACUAUCCACACCAAGUAAUAUCAAUGGCAGUAGGGCUGUAAUACUUCAUGGACUACUGACAGCUAGAAUUGUCUAGAAUUCCUCAGUUCUCAGUCACUGAACUGUAGUUCUGUGACCUGUCUAAGGGCAAGAACGCCUGGCCUUCGUUUCAGCAGGUUUCAAAGCAUAAACGGGAGGCAGAAGGCAAUGGAAACACAGUGGAGACACGGGACACUGAGAGGGUUUGGCUCCUGAGGAUUGGUUUAAGGUGUCUGGGUCUCCAGCUGUGUUCAAAACAAGUGAGCAAGUAUCCAAAACCUCCACAAACACUGAUAUAUUGUUGCAUACAAAGCUUUGUUGUUUUAACUUUAAAAAAGGUUUCUCACAACUGAAGUCUUUUCACUACACUUUAACACCCGCGUGAUGAUGUAAUGAUGAUGUUCCAUUCCAGAUGCCUUGUAUUCCACAACAUCUGGAUCUUUUAGUUUCACUGUGGAACCACAUGUGAGGCGAGUCCGAUCGGUGGAGUGCUCUGAGCCUCACUCAGUAGCAGUCAGUUCUAUUCAGUUUGCUAGAAGGAAAUGGCCAACUGUCAGCACAAUCACACACUAAAGAAACAAAUAUUUAACUGAAGUUUAACUACCAGCAACUAGGCUGUUGCUGUACUAAGAAACAGCUGCCAACCUAUUGUUGGUACAUAUUUUCAUACAAUAUACAUGUAAAAAUUACUUUGAAUUCAAUACUUGGCUCUUUUUACACUAAAUGCAUUAGUGAUUUAAAUGCAGUUUCUCUUCCCCUCUUCCUGUGAAGGUCUGACUAAAUCCUACUCCAAAGGACACUGCUUCAGUGAACAUUUUACUGUGAACAGCACAGAUUCUUUUAGGUCCGUGGCCUCAUCUGAUAUCUAGCUGGAUUUAGAAAAAGUGAUAGGACUGCCAGUUCACAGACCGCCAGCAGAUGUUUGGCCCAAUCACACCAGCCGAUGCAACACCAGUCAGUCUUAACGCUAGUCUGGGGUUUGACGGGAGGUUCUACUUUUUGCACCUUUCGUUGUCGAUUGCAAUGAAAGAGAUUAGUAAGAUAUUAGUAACGGAUUAAUCUGACCCAGUGCAGAGUAAACCCUAGCCGCUGACCUCUGGGUUCGAGGCUUACAGGCUGUAAUUCUGAUAGAGGCUGAUGUCAGUGCAUAAGUGUUAUGAUUUAAACAUUUUGUCCAUCAGUCCUGAUUAUUAAAACGGUCGUUUCCCAUUGCUCAGGAUGCAGCACGUGGCACAACUGUGUUGCUAGGUUCAGUACUGGAGAGCCACUCCUGCUCCUUCUAACCAUGUUCAAGCUCGUUUGUUGGUGAUCUAGUGUUCAAAAACCAUCGAUCAUUGGGAAUCAAAGCUCACAGGACAGCCAGUCAUAUUUGUGUAUUGUACAUGUGUAAUGAGUAGAGUGAAUAAUAACAACAGGCCUUAUAACAACUCCUUAAGCAUGAGGCCUUAAAAUAACUACUUAAUAAUGAGGCCUUAAUAAUAACUACUUAAUAAUAACUACUUGCAGUUGCAGCAUUAGAGUUCAACCAUUUCUAAGCGUCCAGGACAAAAGUUAAAAAGCAAUUAUUUGCAUCCCCACACCCUUUUAUCAGGGCUGUUAAAGGUUGUCUUAGUUUAGAUCCGGGGCGGGGUAUAGAGCUGGGCUCAUUGCAGUAGGUUGCUUACACUUUUUUUAAUUAUAUGAAGUCCAGGGAACGAAGGUCCAUAAUCAGGAGAGAGUUUCUGGAUUGGGUCUACAAUCAUAACCUGUGUUAACUUGUGAAAUAAUCUCCUGUUUUGACUGUGUGUGUGUGUGUGUGUGUGUCAGUCUCCACUGCUAAUGUGCCUGUUUGUUUUCUGGUGAUAAGUGCCACUGAGACUGCUGAAUGUCUGUAUCGUUUCAACGUAACAAAUAAAGCCAGUUUUCCUCCAA